AUGAAGAAGUUGCUGUCAAAAUUCAAUAACUAUAACCAGCGUAUGAUGAAGCAGUCUUUUAUGACUCCUGAUGAUGAAUUUGUUAUAGUAACUGAGUUGGCUUUAAGUGACCUUGAAAAAUAUAUACUUGACAGUCGAUUAAGACAAGGAGAUUUAUCAUUAGAUGUAAUAGUAAAAAUGUUGAAGCAAAUGAUAGAUGCUGUUAUGUUUUUAAACUCAAAGGGUAUUAUCCAUAGAGAUCUAAAUCCAAAGAAUUUCUUGAUCUUCAAAAAUUUAACUAUAAAAUUGUCUGACUUUGGAUUGACAACAUACAAUGAUUAUUCAACUAAUGAUGCUGGCACAGGUCCAUAUAAAGCACCAGAAGUAGGUAACUCUGGAUAUGAUAAGUCAAUUGAUGUGUGGUCUCUAGGAGUUAUUAUAAUGUUUAUGUGUACUGGAAAUCCUAAAUACUUUAAUCCCAUGACAAAUAAGGAAGAAUGCCUUUCAUAUUAUAAGUUAGUCAAUCAGCAAAGUGACAUUAAACUGCCAGAAAAAUAUAAAGCAUUAGAAGGAAUAUUAAAUAAUAUACUCAAGAUAGAAUCGUCAGACAGAAUAUCAUUUGAAAAGAUUCUUCAGAAUGAAUUAUUCUAAAAUAUAGAUUCCACUAUUGAUCAGGAAUAAAAUAUUGUUUCUGUUGAUGAGGACGAUAAUUAUGAAUUUUUAUAAAACUAAGAUGAUAUUUCUCAGCAAAGACAAAUAGUACAAUCUUAGAAUUAACUUAUAACUAAGUCUUAAACAAACUUUGCAAUUAAUAGUUCUAAUAAUCCCUCUCUAGCAGAUUAAAAUUAUCUAGAUAGACCCUCUAUUUAAUCUGAUGCUACCAACUAUUACGAAAGAUUUUCAACAAAGAAUGAUAUUAACUCCUAAAAUUAGAUUUUAAUUGAAGAGGAAGUCAAAUAGAAUGUUAGUGAAUUGUAAGAGGUUAUGAAAGUUGAAAGUGAGGUAAUUAUUGAUAAAAUGGCAAAUAAUCAUCCAAUAAAGCGAGAAAAUAAGCUGGAUAAUGGAUUAUAUUCUGGAGCAUUUGAAAAUGGAAUGAGACAUGGUCAAGGCAUAAUGUAAUACACAAAUGGAUAUUCAUACUCUGGUGGAUGGGUAAAUGAUAAGAGAUAGGGAUUUAGCAGGAUGUUUUAUCCAAGUGGGAAAAUUUGCAUUCAUGGUGCUUUCUUUGAAGAUAUGCUUCAUGGAACAGUGUGUGAAUACUAUGAAAAUGGAAAAGUCAAAUAUAAAGGAAACUACAAGAAUAAUUAGAAGUCCGACUGUAAUGCUCUACUAUAUGACACUGAUGGCACUUAAUAUCAAGGUCCUAUUAGUAAAGGUAAAAGAGUAGGAAAGUACAAAAUUACAAAGCCAGAUCAAACUGUGAUUGAAACUGAAUUCAAAAAUGAUUAAUAGGUUAUUCAAGGAUGCAGUAUAUUUUGA